AUGGAUGAUUAUAAACAAUUCUUGUGCCAACAACUAAUUCAAUUAAUUCGAAGACCAAAUAAGAAUAAAAGAAAAAUUGUUAGGCGUGUCAUUGAAAAAGUUUGUAAUAGAGCUGAAUAUAAAUUUAAAGUUUCAUGCAAAGAUUGUGAGAAAAUCGCGGAAAUAAUUCGAAACAUUCCGCCUGAAGAAGCUAUAGGGUCGAUUGUAUCUAUGACAUCCACAUUACAAAUCGAUUUGGUUAUUCCUGGCCCACUAACACUCAGGAGGCAACGUCUGCCAAGACUCAAGAAACGAUCUAAACAACGUCUACCAAGACCACCUAAAAAAUCGCAGGCGCUUAUAAGUGAUUCCAUGGAAAAAAUGGCACUUCUAAAUGCGCCCUUGGAAAAGAUUAUUAAUUGGCCAUUUUAUCCGUUGGAAAAUUGCUUCUCUUCGGCUUAUUAUUUGGAAAGCUGA